GACAGUUGGAGGAGUUUAUAACCAGAAAACCCGCGCCCUUCUCGGCCGAAAACACUGCAUCCCUCAUUCGAGACUCCCUAUUAUACUUCAAGCGAAGAAGAUCGAGAGCAACACGGGAAGAAGCUCUCUCUCUCUCUCUCUCUCUCUCUCUCUCUCUCUCUCUCUCUCGCCGUUUUUGCUGUCUGACCUCUCAAUCUCCCGCAUUCACGGCGCAGAAUCUCCCUGUCGACGUUUUCGCUGUCCAAUAUCUCAAUCUCCCGCAUUUACGGUGCGGAUUCACUUUCCUGACGUUUUCGCCGCAAACCUGCCUGGAAAACGGGAAAGGACGGUCAAUCUUGUUGGAUUUUGGAUUGAAAGACCUACGGUCGGAGUUGACGGAGAGUUUCGGGGGAAAGUCUGCCGGAAGCGAUAAAUCGGUUGCCGGAAGCUCCAUUUCCAUCAGAAAAGCUCGCUUUGCCUGGAUGUUUUUGCCAUUCUGCGGUUCGACCUACCGGAUCUCGUAAUCUUGUCUUUUUUCUGCUCGCAUUUGUGGAAUUGACAGAGGAAGCCCUCAAGAACCGGAAUAAAUGGUUGAGUUGUAGGAAUCGAGAUCAGAGGAUAUAUGUGUAUAGCUUAGAAGAAGAGAAGGAGUUCGAGGAGAUUAUCCAGAAACUCGAACUGAAGAGAUAGAUCACUUUCUUGAAAUCCUCUAUUCAGAAGUUAGAUCGCUUUCUUGAAUUCCUCUAUUCAGAAGUUUUGUCGCUAAAAAUCGUUUUUUUUUUCCCGGCCAACUAUUGGAGAUUCAGGCAAAAAGAGGUCUUCAGAACUCUGUAUUUCCAGCUGCAAGCAGAGUUUGAAAUUUUCUUUCUGUGGAAAAUAGGAUUUCCGCUGUUUUAUCUUUCGUGAUCAGAGUUCCUUCGUUUCCUCCUUUUCCAUUAGAAGCGUAGGAAGAGAAAUUUCAAGGAAAUUUAGAAUUUUGUUUAUUUAGAUAAGCUUGAGGAUUUUGUGAUCGAUGGCUGAAAUGGGAGCAAAAUGGGAUCGUUUGAGAUCAGUGGCUAUGAUUGGGCUCAGCUUUCUUCUAGCCUCCAUGCUUGCAUCGGCAGAACGGAAUAUAGUGCGUGACGCUUCGAGAAGCGACAGAAGCAAAGAGACUGACUUGAAUAACUUCACGAAAUUCGUACAUUUCCUGUGGCGACCUGAUCAAUCCAGUUACCAACAUGUUUGGCCAGAAAUGAAAUUUGGCUGGAAAAUCAUUGUGGGUUCAAUUAUUGGCUUCUUUGGAGCGGCAUUUGGGAGCGUUGGAGGUGUUGGCGGGGGCGGUAUUUUUGUUCCCAUGCUCACCCUGGUUAUUGGCUUCGAUGCAAAAUCAUCGACUGCUAUAUCGAAAUGUAUGAUCAUGGGUGCAGCAGGGUCAACUGUUUAUUACAAUCUUAAGCUCAGGCAUCCAACUUUAGAUAUGCCCAUUAUCGACUACGACUUGGCAUUGCUUGUCCAACCAAUGCUAAUGUUGGGGAUCAGCAUUGGAGUUGCAUUCAACGUGAUUUUCGCCGACUGGAUGGUCACAGUCCUGCUAAUUAUCCUCUUCUUGGGCACUUCAACCAAGGCUUUCUUCAAGGGUGUUGAGACAUGGAAGAAAGAGACCAUAAUAAAAAAGGAAGCUGCAAAACGCAUUCAGUCAAGUCACACCGGCAAUGAAGAGGUGGAGUACAAGCCUCUCCCUGGUGGUCCAAGAAAUGGUACUCAAAAAGAGACCAGGGCAUAUGUAGAUGCAGAGGUCCCUGUUCUUGAGAAUGUUUACUGGAAGGACCUUGGCCUUCUUGUCUUUGUCUGGAUUGCAUUCCUUGCAAUACAGAUUGCCAAGAAUUACACAGCAACCUGUUCGAUAGCAUACUGGGUUUUGAACUUAUUGCAGAUCCCAGUUUCUGUUGGGGUGUCUCUACAUGAGGCAGUUAGCCUAUACAAAGGCAGAAGAGUGAUCGCAUCCAAGGGAGAUGAAGGGACAAACUGGAAAGUCCAUCAGCUGGUUCUUUACUGCUUCUGUGGUGUAUUAGCUGGGAUAGUGGGUGGACUGCUUGGUUUAGGUGGAGGCUUUAUUAUGGGUCCUCUUUUCUUGGAGCUGGGAAUUCCUCCUCAGGUCUCAAGUGCUACUGCCACCUUUGCCAUGACAUUCUCCUCAUCCAUGUCUGUUGUAGAAUAUUACCUUCUAAAGCGUUUCCCAAUCCCAUAUGCUCUCUACUUCAUGGCUGUGGCAACAGUCGCUGCCUUUGUGGGGCAGCAUGUGGUGAGAAAGAUAAUUAUUUUAGUAGGGAGGGCCUCACUGAUCAUCUUCAUAUUGGCUUUCACAAUCUUUGUGAGUGCAAUCUCACUAGGUGGGGUCGGCAUAUCAAACAUGAUAAUGAAGAUGGAGGGAAAGGAGUACAUGGGAUUUGAGAACCUCUGCAAGUAUGAAGUUUAGCAUUUCCAGAUUCUUCCAAUUCAAGAAACUCUGCUAUUCUUCAUUUUACUCGGCCCUCAAGGUCGGGCCUGUCUUCCUUUCUGUACCAAUUUUUAAAUUUUGCUUAGAUGUACCAAAUUUUAAACUUUGCUUAGAUGCAAGAAGACUCGUUCACUUUUACUUAGUUACA